AUGCUCCCUGUCAACUCGUGCAACGCCACGGGUUCCAAACCGUAUUGGUCUCUGCCGAUCCGUUGGAUGAGUCAGCUGCGUUUGAACGUGCUGACGAUUGUGGUUCUGUCCCGGGGUAAGUGCGGUCUCUCGAGCAGCGUCACUCGCUACAUCGUGUCGAUGGCAGCGGCGAAUUUAAUGGUCGUUGUCUUCGAGUUGGUCUUGAAGCGGAUACCCAUUGUCUAUAGGGAACAGUUCGUCUUCCUGUUGGCCGUCCAUGUGUGUAACAUUCACGCCGUCCUGCUCUACGCCGCCACCGACUGUUCUGUCUGGUUCACGGUCGCUUUCACCUUUGAUAGAUUCGUGCACAUUUGUUGUCAGAAGCUGACAACGAAAUACUGCACCGACAGAACGGCGGCUGUGACUCUGGGGCCAGUGAUAUUGCUGAGCUGCUUAAAAAAUGUUUUCUGGUAUUUUAUGUUCACAGGUGAAUACCACCUGGACUAUGCACCCUGGUUUUGUAGGGAAAGAGAUGGUGUUCCGCGCUCACUCGUCUGGGCAGUGAUUGAAUGCCUCCAUUUUCUCCUCACCCCGGGAGUUAUAUUUUGUCUUAUCUUGCUGCUCAAUGUCUUUACAACUAGACACGUUCUCGUGACCAGCAGAGCCCGAAGAAGGCUGCGGUCCUCCAGCACCGGGGAGAACAUCAGAGACCCAGAGAUGGAGAGCCGGAGGAAGUCUCUCGUUCUACUGCUUGUUAUAUCAGGCAAUUUCAUCCUGUUAUGGGGAGUUUAUAUGAGAUACAACACUUGGGGGAGAAUGUAUGACCUGGGAUACCAAUCCUCGUUCCCACCUCGUUCUCUCCAAGAGCUAGGCUUCAUGCUGCUGCUCCUCAGUUGCUGCACCAACACUGCUCUUUAUGCAGUGACUCAGACCAAGUUCAGAGAGCAGCUGAAGGAGACGGCGAAAGUCCCAUUUACUCUUCUUGCAAACUUCCUUCCAUGA